UGUUGCAGGGAUGUUGAACCAAUAUGGCUGAUCGCCGAUUCCAGUUUCGACGGGCGUCAUUGUCAAUCUAAUGAUUGACAAAUUCAACGACCAAUAAUGUCUUAUUUUCCUUUGCCAAUAACCAAUCACGUCCCAGCAUAUGCAAGGAAACUGUCACGGAAUACAAUAAUCAGCAUAGUGUAUCCACGAGCUACUCGAAGCAACUGUUCAAAAGGCAGCGUGAUUUAGGUUCUGUGAUAUUUUGCUUUAUACCUUUGAGCAACCACGUACCUAUCAACAUAUCCCCGAACCGAUAAGAUUGCAUGACAUCGGCGGGUAUACUUUUCAUAAGACAGUUUGUUUUUAUUCUCUGCAACUCACUUUACCGAGCCAAUAUCCAUGUUUUUAGACCACGGACGGAUUAGUUUAUGUCGCGACACUCGUGACAAAGUUAAAUGGUGAAUUUAGCAAAAUUGGCCAAGAUUCUACCUUUGCCGGUCUUCUUUUACUGACAGAACAUUGCUCGAAAAUUUUUUUGAAGCAGCCAGGUAACGGUGUAGUCUCCCUGGGAAGCGAGCGACCUGGUUUACAUUUGGUUGACAGUUGUAAGAGUGAAACAUCCAUUGGCGACUGCAGGACUGUUAGCCAGAGCAGCUCAAAGCUACACGAACCACAGCUGACAUUUUACAACAGCAUCGGUGGAAAACAAAAUUUUCUUGGAGGGGAUUUCAAGUUUUCUGCAACGUUUUAUACUUCCUCGGAGAAUCAGAGACCACUGUCAGGGCAGUUUUGAGAAAGCUGCUGUGUGUGGACGAAGAGCAGCUUGUGGACAGCCACGGGAUCCCCCAUCGGAUUGUUUUAAUAUCAGUAAUAUUAGCAAACAUGGCUUCUAUUGGAAUGGUGCAGAUGCUGAUCGAAGCAGCCGAGUAUCUUGAUCGCAGGGAACGAGAAGCUGAGCAUGGCUAUGCCUCCAUGCCCCCCUUCAUCAGCAGUCGAGAGAGGGAAAGUUUGAAAAGGAAGAGCAAAAGCAAGAAAAACAUAAGUAGCAGGUCUACGCACAAUGAAAUGGAGAAGAACAGACGGGCACAUCUACGACUGUGUUUAGAGCGACUGAAAUCCUUGGUUCCUUUAGGUCCAGAUGCCAACAGGCACACAACUCUGAGCCUGCUCAUGAAGGCCAAAGAGCACAUCAAGAAGUUGGAGGAGAGUGACCGAAGAGCCCAGCACACCUUAGAACAGUUACAGAGAGAGCAGAGACAUCUGAGAAGGCGUCUGGAGCAGCUCGGUGUGGAGAGAAUCCGCAUGGACAGCACUGGCUCGAUCGUGUCCUCUGACAAAUCAGACUCUGAUCAAGAGGACCUGGAUGUGGAUGUGGAGGGAACAGACUACCUUCUGGGUGAUCUGGAGUGGAGCACCAGCAGCGUUAGCGACUCGGGAGAUGAGCGGGGCAGCCUCCGCAGCAGCUGUAGUGAUGAAGGCUACGCCAGCGCCAGCCUGCGGCGCCUGCAAGACACUCAGGAGAGGGCCAAGCAGCUGGCCCGCACACUAUAAACAUCUCCUUCGUCCUCUUGUCCCGUUCCAGGAAUGGCGCCACACCCUGGUCACAUAGCCACUUCAAUACCCCACUCCUGCCAUCACCCCACCCACCCUCCACCUUUCCCUACAGGAUGAAACCAAUUGUGGGGCUUUUCAUCCAGCCAGGCUGCUGCAGAUAUCGUGCCCACCCAUAUUAACUUUCCAUUCUGAGUGAGCAACUGUGAGGAACCCGCCCACAGCCAGCCCGCGUGAUUAUUUGCAGGUCAUUAGGUAUUACACACCGUGCACCAAUCAAACAAGUUGGGUCCUCCCCUACUUGUCCCUCCGUCCGUCUCAAAUUCAACUUUCAGCCAGAGAAUGUUACUUUACAAUAGUCCCUUCCUCUUUUUAUGUCUUCAGAGGAAUGAGAAGCACUUAUGAGAUUUCACCCAAAGUCACGCCCACUCCAUCAUUGCUCCUCGCUGUCCAGUAAGAUGGUGCUCCAGCAAGCAGGCUUUUGUUUCUGCCCAGCUCAUCAGUCAGUCAUGUGUUUUUGUAAGCAUAAACAUGUAAACCUUUUCCAUACAUCUCAUAAAGAAAAUAUAUGACACACACGGCCCUCAGAAGUAAUCUAGAAGGUGUUACAAAUAUUUUGAAGCGCACAGCAUGGAGCAGCAAUAUGAGCAUCGCUAACAAGCCAUCUUCACCCAUCAUUUUUGCUCCACUUCCAGUUACUGGAUGGUUUGGGUCGAUGCUUUCUGCCACUCUCUGACGACUGUGGUGUUUUUCAUAUGUAUGUACCUGUGUGUGUGUGUGUGUGUGUGUGUGGUGUGUGUGUGUGUGUGUGUGUGUGUGUGUGUGUGUGUGUGUGUGUGUGUGUGUGUGUGUGUGUGUGUGUGUGUGUGUCGGAAUCUGGCAAUGACAGAAGUCACGUCAGUUUCUUUCCCCAGGCACUUUGCCAAUUUGUGGAAUGUUUUGGCAGUUGGUGCAAACGCACCAUUACCCACCAUUUCUUGCCCAUGUGUUAUGUGGGAUAGAAACAUCUACCUAUUGAGAGCAGUCGAGAGGCUGCAGAACAUUCCACUUAAGGCUGAGAGCGUUAUUUUUCUUUUGUUAGUAGAUGAUCUUGCCAGCAACUAACAAAAGGAAAGCCACCCUAAAACCGAAUGUCUGCUUUACGUUUUACUGUGAGCACCAACCACUAGAGGACUCAGUUUUACGUUAAUACCGAAAAAGACCCUCUCUUUGGUCUUGCCUUGAUAGCUAUUAAUUGUUUUUGAAGAAAUGUACAUCCAAUGUAAAUAGUUUACAGAAAGAAACCUGUCUAUCAGAUGUAUUUAUUAGAUCUGCUAAAGCUAGAGAUGAAUAUAAAUAUAUUUAAUUAGUUCUACUUAGCCUUUGUUCUCUUUGUGACGUUUUCUUGAGAGUUUCACGUGAAGUUUGUUUGCACAGCCUAGUCAAUCCAUAGAAUAUUUAGAAAUGUCUCUCGUGCCUCAAGGCUUUGUGUCCUUUGGGAAGUUUGGCACAGAUCUCUUAGAAGAUAUGUUACUCUGUGGUUGAUGGUCCUUAACUGUUUCUUCAUUGCCACCAGGCUCCUAAUAAGACAAAAAAAAAAUAAGAAUUAAAAAAUCUGAAUAAAAAUCAUAACUUAGUUUUUGGUGGCAGUAGAGGGAGUGGAGGCUUGCCCCCACCUAAAAAAAAAACCAAAAGGUUGUUUUUUAUAAAUCCUCAUAUUUCAUCUCCUUGUAUGGUCAGGAAGCCAUGCCUGAUGAGGAUUGCCAUUUAUUUUGAAUGUAGAUAUCCUCCAUCCUGCAGCCAGCAUCUCCGCUUGGGGCCAAACAAGCAGCAUCCCCCCACCCCACGAUAGCUACCACUUAUGGUUCUUAGUUCAUGGAUGAAGAUGGUACACUAAAAUGAAUCAACAGGGGGAGAAGAAGAUCACAAAAUUAGAUGUGAUUUUUUUUUUUCCUGAGUGUGAAAUGCAGCUUUUUUUGUGAACUCAAACCUCUUGAACCAGAGAAGAACUGUGUUCCAAUGUUAGGAUGUGAAUGGAAAUGUACUGAAAAGUGUGUAUUCACCGAUGCAUGCAUGGAGUGUGUGCGUAUCAACCUUGGACAAUUGAUUGUGUGCAUCUCGAUAUAUUUUAGGCAGUAUAACAUAAAAGCCCUCAAAAUCUGGUUUUGGAAAGGUCAUCAUGAAGGCUUUGUACUGUGGUGUAGUUCCAAUAUUUGGUCUAUCUUUCUACAAAUGACUGGUUUAAUAUUUAUUACAGGACUGUCAUAGAACUACAUAUGCAUUGUUGGGAUGAAAGGAAAUCAAUUGGCCAAGUGUUAUUUCAUCACUGUCUUCAGAGAGAAUUAUUUAGGGGGACAGAGGAAUGGCAGUUUUAAACCCCAGUAAAACAUUGUUUUUGGUCGUAUAAUGCAAAAAGGAGAAAUUGUCUGCUUGAAGAAAAUUUCUCGCGUUAUGCCUGGAUCAGACUACAAGACAAAUUUGGUCUUUCCCGGUUGUACUAUGUCAGAAUAUACUGGCAUCAAAACUUGCUGUUUCUCGGGGAGACAGCGGCAACACUACACAUUUAUUUUGAUACCACCAUGUCCUGUUUUUUUUUUUUUUUUUUUACCAUCACUGAGCUUUAUCUCAUCAGAUAAAACAAGAACACAGACAGAUCUCUGAGCCCAUUAAGUUUAAUGUAACUUCAAGGUCGGGACUAUAAAGCCAAACUUAAUCUUAAUCAAACUUAAUUAUAGGUUCUGAAUUUUGGUCCACAUUUGUUAUUCUGAAAAAGCAUUGAUUUAAUCUGGCUGACUUGACACCUUAUUUUAAGACUAGUCUGAUCAAAUAUUUUUUUUUUUUGUUUUGUCGAAUCUCAGGAGACUGAAAAUAUUGCGUUUGAAUUUUAAAGGUUGAAUUUUUUUAAUAUGGUGAAUUUGUUAACAAAAAGUUAAACUGAAAUACAACUAUUGGAAAUGUGAUCACUUUGAAAUAACUGAAUUUUACAACAUAACAUUUUUAAUGCCAUUUUUAAUUCAGAUCCUUCCAUAAAUCCGGUGUACUCUGAAGCUUCUGGAAGCAUUUGUUUGUGCACGUGAAUGAAUGUUGACAAUGACAAGCACAGGUGGCAAUGCGACGGUCACAAAACGCAGUCCUAUUGGUCGACAUCAAGGUGCGCUAUCAAGCUAUCAAAAAAAAAUCUAACUUGCUAAAGUUUUCAUUUUGGUGUCAUCGGUCUAUCUCAGGGCCAAAAUGGUUGCUCAUGGAUUAUGUCACACUACAAUAAUUUUUGUCGCUCUCCACAAAAUAUGUCGGGCACGGUCUGGGGAAAUGGGCUGCAAUAGCUAAUCGGGCCGAUAUCAGCUAAAAUUCUAUAGUCUGAUCUAGGCAUUAACCUAGUUUCUUUUACCCCAUUCCCAAUUCAUGGUCUUGUCUUCUGCCAAUCUGCAUUUAGGAGCCUGAGCCCCCUGCAACUCCACCCCUGUCCCCACCCCACUCCACUGGCAUUUGUGGUUAAGGCCAGAAAGGUCGAUGGCGGAUGUAGUGUUUAAGACCCUGGUGCUUUCAACGUCUGCCGUAAGAGGCAGGGGUUCAAUCUAAAGAACAACCAGUUGUUUAAGCUACAGAAUUUCAGCACUGAUGGAUCUUGUGUUCAUGUAUGUUUAUAAGUUACUUGAUUUGUGCAUACAGUACAUUGUGGCUCAUAUUGCCUUAAACUGACCUAAAAUGUAAAACCCAACAAAAAUGUACUACAUGUUUGAAUAUGUUGAAAUGUACGGCUAAUAAUUGUUUUGAGGCAUGCUGUCAUGCAUUAACACAACACUGACACAAUCAUCAUCACCCGAUGCUGCCUUUCUUCUGAGGCAGCUCAUUUCUUCUCUAUGUUCAAAAUCAACCUGAAGGUGGACAUUUUGUGCACUUAAUUUUCAAGAAUUGGACAAACUGAAGCAAUUUAAAAUGUGCAGCAGCAAUUUAUAUUUGCCCGUGAAAGUAAUAAAUAACUU